AUGUCAAGCCCGUUCGGCGAUGGCGGGCACGACUGGUUCAUCAAGUGCUACCCGAACGGCGUUCCGGGAGGGGCGGGGAACCAUAUGUCCCUCUUCCUCAUGCACGACAGCCACGCCAAGGCCGGCGAUGCCACGGCGGCUUACAAGAUGAGCAUACUCGACAAGGCCUUGAAACCAUCGUGCACUAAAUUCGAACAUGAGCGCCACUUCAGGGGUGAUGGAUGGGGCUGGACAGAGUUCAUGGGGCUCCAAGAUCUGGACAGGGACAAGUACCUUGUGGAAGACUGUCUGUCCAUCCUCUGCGACGUCAUCACCGCCGACGGGCUGCGUGCUGCGGCGGAGCAGCCGCCUCCGCCUCCGCCGUUCGACUUGCGCGGCUUGCAACUCGUGGAAGCCAUCUGGAACAGGGAGACGGCGGACGUGACGAUCCACCUCGGGGACGGAGAGACGAUCGCGGCGCACCGGUGGGUGCUCAAGGCCCGGUCACCCGUCCUCAAGGCGGAUCUCGCCCUCGCCUCGAACAACGCCACCGCUGACCAUCUACGCCUGCUCGUGAACGACAUGGACGCCGACGUGUACAAGUCGCUGCUCCGGUUCAUCUACACCGACUCACAGCCCCCCGAGCUCGAGACGGCGUCGCCAAAGAAUGUGGAGCGGCCGCUCUACGCAGCGGACAGGUUUCAGCUGGAAAAGCUGAAGCUCCUCUGCGUGGAGGGACUGUGCAAGAAAAUCGACGCCAGCUCCGUGGCGGCCGCCCUGGCACUGGCCGAGUGGCACGGCUGCCCGACGCUGAGGGAGGCGUGCUGGCAGUUCCUCGUGAAGAACACGCCGACACAUGAGCAACCAAUCAGUACCAAUGUAUUUUGA